UAAACUGCCAGCUAGCUCAAGGCUUGCGAAACACAAACCUUGUCAUUCAGUGACUGACUGUAGUCUAGUGAAAAAGGAAAAGCUGAAGAGUAAACAACCAAGCAUCAGUUAACUUUCGCUCCUUUUUGAAUGCACAUUUCUCUUUUGAUCGUUUGCCAAGCGCAUGCCCAGUUUUCCAGACAGUGCAGUUUCACCAAGGAAGAUGACGACCUCGUGGAGUGACCGGCUGCAGAACUAUGCGGACCUUCCGGCCAACAUGGACGGGCUAGCCAUGAAGAAAUACAGGAGAGAGCCAUACCACAGGGUGUUUGUAAACAGAAGCUUGGCCAUGGAGAAGAUCAAAUGCUUUGGCUUCGACAUGGACUACACUUUGGCAGUUUACAAGUCUCCGGAGUACGAGUCUUUGGGCUUCGACCUGACGGUGGAGCGCCUGGUGUCCAUCGGUUACCCCCAGGAGCUGCUCAGCUUCGUCUACGACCCCGCCUUCCCCACCAGGGGCCUGGUGUUUGACACCAUGUACGGUAACCUGUUGAAGGUGGAUGCCUAUGGAAACAUCCUGGUCUGCGUCCACGGAUUCAAUUUCCUGCGCGGGCCUGAGAUCAGAGAGCUGUACCCCAACAAGUUUAUCCAGCGAGACGACACCGAGCGCUUCUACAUCCUCAACACCCUCUUCAACCUGCCAGAAACCUACCUCUACGCCUGCCUGGUGGACUUCUUCUCCAACUGUGACAGAUAUGCUAGCUGUGAGACAGGAUUCAAAGAUGGUGACCUCUUCAUGUCCUUCAAGAGCAUGUUCCAGGACGUGAGAGAUGCAGUAGACUGGGUCCACUUCAAGGGAACCCUAAAGGAGAAAACGGUUGAGAACCUGGAGAAGUAUGUUGUGAAAGAUCCUAAGCUUCCUCUGCUCCUGAGCCGUAUGAAUGAGGUUUCCAAGGUGUUCCUGGCCACCAACAGCGACUACAAAUACACAGACAAAAUCAUGACCUACUUGUUUGAUUUUGCACACGGCCCAAAGCUGGGGACACCUCACAGGCCUUGGCAGUCCUAUUUUGACCUGAUCCUGGUGGACGCGAGGAAGCCCGUGUUCUUUGGGGAGGGCACCGUGCUGAGACAGGUGGACACUACUACGGGGCGUCUGAAGAUCGGGACCUACACGGGGCCCCUGCAGCACGGCAUUGUCUACUCCGGAGGCUCCUCUGACAUCGUGUGUGACCUGCUGGGUGCCAAGGGCAAGGACAUCGUCUACAUCGGGGACCACAUCUUCGGGGACAUCCUCAAGUCCAAGAAGCGGCAGGGCUGGAGGACCUUCCUGGUCAUCCCGGAGCUGGCCCAGGAGCUGCACGUCUGGACCGAGAAGAGCCCUCUCUUUGAGGAACUCCAAGGCCUGGACAUUUUCCUGGCUGAACUCUACAAGCACCUGGACAGCAGCAGCAACGAGAGGCCCGACAUCAGCGCUAUUCAGAGACGGGUGAAGAAAGUGACCCAUGACAUGGACAUGUGCUAUGGCAUGAUGGGUAGCCUGUUCCGCAGUGGCUCUCGUCAGACGCUGUUCGCCUCGCAGGUGAUGCGCUACGCCGACCUGUACGCCGCCUCCUUCAUCAACCUCCUCUACUACCCCUUCAGCUAUCUCUUCAGGGCCGCACACGUGCUGAUGCCCCACGAGUCCACGGUGGACCACACGCACGUGGAGAUGGACGCCGAGUCGCCCUUGGCCACACGCAACCGCCACUGCACCGACUGCAAGGACCUGGAAUGCAAGCGCAACCAGCUGACGCGCUCCAUCAGCGAGAUCAAGCCCCCGCACCUCUUCCCCUCCACCCCGCAGGAGAUCACCCACUGUCACGAUGAAGACGACGAUGAGGAGGAGGAGGAGGAGUAAAGCGGUGGUGGUGGUGCCACCACCCACUGCCACGAUGAAGACGACGAUGAUGAGGAGGAGGAGGAGGAAGAGGAAGAGGGCAGUGGUGGAGCCACCCACUGCCACGAUGAAGACGACGAUGAUGAUGAGGAGGAGGAGGAGGAGGAGGAAGAUGGCAGUGGUGGAGCCACCCACUGCCACGAUGAAGAUUAUGAUGAUGAGGAGGAGGAGGAGGAGGAGGAGGAAGAUGGCAGUGGUGGAGCCACCUACUGUCAUGAUGAAGACGAUGACUAGGAGGAAGAGGAGGAGAAAGAUGGGAUUGGUGGUGCCACCCAUUGCCAUGAUGAUGAUGAUGAUGAUGACGACGAGGAAGAUGAUGGUGUCAUGACCAUGAUGAAGAUGCGGAAGAAGAAGAGGAGGCGUGAUAUGAGGAUGAGGAUGGUGAUGGAGCUGAUGGUAGUGCCAGCCAGACUGCUAGCAAGAUGCUAGCCUGAAAUUGCUUUCCUCGGUAAGAGGAAGAGGAGGAGUAAGAUUGGGGGGGAUCAUGGUUGUGAUGGUGGUGGUGCUAGUUUCUUUGAGACAUGCGAGCCUGAUAUGAUUUUUUUUUUUCUCAUGUGUGAGCUUAUCAUCUGUAUUUUUUUAGUAAAAAAGGAAAAAAAGACCUUUGUGAGAAAAGAGAAAGGAGUCUUUAAAAAAAAAAAAAAAAAAGCUUGAUCAUCUUAGUGAGAAGUGGAUGCACAAGUUGAGCGUGCAUGAGUGAUUGUAAAUCAAUGUAGACAUUCUGCAAUGCUAUGGAAGGGGUGAGAAUGGAGUGGACGACACAUUACUGUGGUAGGACGAUAAGAGUAUCACCGUUUUUUCUUGUUAAUACGUAUACAGUAAGAAACGGUUAAAACGGUUUCCUGUGUUGCAUCUCCACCACCUUGCAUAAAAACAGCCAUGGAGAAAAGCCUCAGUCAAUGGACAGGAAGGUAUGACUGAGAUAUUUUUAUUUUUCUUGUAUGCAAGAAAUGGAGAAAAAAAAGAGAAAAAAAAAUGCUUUCCUCAUUACUCAACCAUCACCAUUGCAAAAAUGAGCCGUGCAGGAAAACCUUUGUAAAUCAUGGAGGAAAGAAAAGGGAGAUACAAACCCUUGCUGAUAAACUGCAUACUGUAUCGGACUGUAAUGGGUUUGUCUGAAACCCUGGCGUGAUCCUUUGUGUGAAACGAAGGGGAGAUAGACCCCGUGUGCAUUCCAAUAUGCACACUCCCGUCCUCCACUUGUGCUUGUGGCCUCGCCCCGCCUCCUGGCCCCGGCGCCGUGGAGAAAACAAUAACGUUUCCUAGCUGUCACCUAGCCAAAACAACUUCUGAGGGACUGUUUUUCAUUCACCAUCCCGAUUGCAAAUGAAAAAAUUACAUUACAAUAGUGCUUUUGCAAGAAAUUGAAUUUAUUUUCUGUCGUCCAUGACAUCAUCAUGAGGUCACAAGCAGGCAAGGGAGGACGGAAGUCUGCAUAUUGGAAUUCACCCCUGUGUUGGUUGCUAGGCAGCAGGCUUGUACGAAAUUCCGAAUGGAAAGAAUUUCAAUUCAAAGUAAUGCCAUAAUACGAACACUAGGUGGUGGUGUUCUAUGUACUUUCAAUGGGUAGUGUAGAUUAAAUUCAAAGAAAUUCAAGGUAAUGGCACCACCUAGUGUUCGUAUUAUGGCAUUAUUUUGAAUUGAAAUUCUUUCCAUUCGGAAUUUCGUACAAGCCUGCUAGGCAGCACUGCAUUGGCCAGGUCCUUCAGAAAACACCUGGCGUGAUGAAAGCAGGUCAUGAAAAUUACUCAUAAAAAUAGACAAAAAAUUGCAGAGGAAGAGAAAAAAAAAGAUUUUAUAUUUUGUGAUGUCAUAAGAAUUCAUGUUGUGUCUUUUAUUGUUAAAGAGGAUCAACUACAGGUUGAGGUAAAGGGACAAAAAAAAAACGGUUGUAAACAGGGAAUGUAGGUGCUGCUUGGGAAAAAAAGAUAAUGGAAAAAAAGAUGAAUGAAAAAAAAAUAACAGGAUCAACAAAUGACCCUGUUAACACACUCACACACUCUGUUAGCAAAGGAACUCACUGUGGAAGGGUUUUUUUUACCAUUGGGCCUACUAGAGCAUUCACAUAUAGUAGAACGGUUAUUCCUCAGCGUUUACGUUCCGAUUAUUUCCGUUUCAGAUUUUAGACAGGAUAAUGUAGGUUAACAACACUGCACUACUUGGUAUUAACACAUAAUCACAGCAGGAAAGUAAAAAAGAUAAUUUAGUUGUACAAUAGACCACCAUGUCAGAGUGGUCAAAGUGAUGCAGUGAUACAUGAUUAAUGCAGUAUGAAACACACACACACACACACACACACACACACACACACACACACACACACACACACACACACACACACACACACACACACACACACACACACACACACACACACACACACACUUGUGAAAGACCCAUGCACGUUGUAUGUGUAUUUUUGCUUCUUUUAAAAAUAACUGUUGUUUGCAUAUGAAUACUGCAGAGGUUGCCUACUGCCCUUUCAAAUGUGUCUGAUCAUGCGGAAAGAAAGCACAGUAUUUUUAUGCCAUGUCAGUCCAGACUCUGGCACACGCUCGAGUGUGAUUCUUUCUUUUUUUUAAACUUUGACUUUUCUUUUGUGACCAUUGCUUGAGCGUUGGUUUGGCAGAUUUGUCUUUUUUCAGAAAAAGAGAAAAUGAAUAGAUUGCAGAGGGAAAAAAUUAAAAUAAAAGAAAAACCUCA